AUGGCCUCAAAAGCUCUCAUCGGUGACUGUGACAACUUGAACGACCUACCUAUUCUGGAAAUGUCGGCGAUCCAUGGAGAUGAUAGGAACUUUGUGAAUCACAGAUACCGCUUUGCCUAUCUUACUAAGACCUCGUUCUCUCUCUCAGAGAUCAAACAGAACUUCACAAUCUCAACCAUAAACUACCCGCACCCCUACUCGCAAGCCGCAACGCUUGACAAGAGGAUCCAAAUUCCCCGGCCAUGCUAUGAUGCUGCUCUCGCCCCGAUGCUUGACUAUGCUUCAUUGCCUGAAGAAUUCAGACUUGACUUGAUGCGUGGUGUAGCAGCGGGUGAACAAGAAUGCCCCCAUGGUUCACAUACCUUCAAUGCAGAGAGCGUGCUCAGAGACCAGCCUCACUUGACUCAUGCUGAACAUGUCAUCGCUGGUCCUGACAACAACGACGUCAUUCUUUCCGUUUUCACACCAAAAGAAACAUCCAAGUCACCUCGCCCAGCCUUAUUCACUGCCUUGACUCAAGUGAUCGACCUUCUAGCGGGUAUCGAUUGCGUUGUUGUUUCUGUUGAGCAUCGCCUUGCGCCUGAAACUCGUGCACCUGGCCCAGCUGAAGACUGUUAUGCUGUCCUUGUAUGGGUUUUUGAAAAUGCAGCAAGUCUAGGGAUUGACCCUGCAGCAAUCGCAGUGUUCGGCGUCUCUGGUGGCGGCGCUCUAGCUGCUGCCACAUGUCUCAUGGCCCGAGACAGAAAAUCCCCAGCCGUGCCCAUCAAGGCUCAGAUGCUAUACUCACCUUUGCUUGAUGACCGCUGUGAAAGUCUGGCGGACCAACAAUUUGAGUACGGCAAUCCUGCUCCAACACCCUGGCUUCGUGCAACCUGGGAUCAUAUUCUUGGAGAUGAACGCGGAUCUGAGAAUGUCACUCCCUACCAAGCUCCCGCCAGAGAGACAGAUCUUUCGAACCUCCCCCCAGCUUACAUUGACGCGGGAGAAUGCGAAGUCUUCCGAGAUAUUGCUGUUACCUACGCUACGAACAUGUGGCGUUGCGGAUCUACAUGCGAAUUACACAUCUGGCCUGGAGCCUUCCAUGGGUUCGACAUGAUGGAUGAUCCGCAGAUACCAUUGAUCAAUAUUGCCAACAAAGCAAAGGCGAAUUGGUUCAAGAGGGUCUUGACGACUGAGACCAAGCCAAUGCCUGCCACAAUUGCCCAGGCAUGCUGA